CACAAUAACUCUACCCAAUCAUUGAUUGCAUUAGUUAAUUGGUGAUUGGUAAUGGUAGGCUAGCACGAGUACAAGUUUGGGACCAGUCUUCUGCAUGCUCAAAUAAAUUGAAGACUAUUUGUGCUACUUACUGCGUGCCACAGAUUGAACAAGAUUAACCAAGAAGAAGCAGCAGCAGCAGCUACUGUUGUCUGUUGCAGACCAAACAUGGCGGGUGGAAUUGGAGUCGGAGAAGAACAACAAAUCAAUGGCGGUAAUAGUAAUACUAAUCUCCCUUUGUUCGAGACUAAGGCUGCAAGAGGACGACCUAUCCACCGACUCUACUGCCUCACAAUGGUCCUCGCCAUCCUUUCCAUGUGGACUUACAGACUGACCCACAUCCCCGCCGCCGCCGGAAGAUUCCCCUGGCUCGCCAUGCUCUUCGCCGAGCUAGUUUUUGGCCUGUACUGGUUCAUCGCUCAGACCGCCCGUUGGCGCGUCGUCUAUCGUUAUCCCUUCAAGGACAGGCUCUCUUCCAGGUACGAGGAUGAGAAGUUGCCGGCGGUGGACAUUUUCAUCUGCACGGCAGAUCCUACAAUGGAACCGCCGUCUAUGGUGAUCGGCACGGUUCUCUCCGUCAUGUCCUUCAACUAUCCGCCGGAGAAGCUCAGCGUUUACCUCUCCGACGAUGCUGGUUCGGACCUGACCUUCUACGGCCUUCUCGAGGCUUCCAAAUUUGCCAAACGUUGGAUACCUUUCUGUAAGAAGUACCAUGUCGAGCCGAGGACUCCCCAACGCUAUUUCUCCGACACGAUUCCAUUCGAUGGAUCUGAAUUUUCGAAACAAUGGAGCGAUACGAAGGUGUUGUAUGAGGACAUGAAAAAUCGGGUUGAUUCUGCGGCGGCGAAAGGGUGCGUUUCGAAAGAAUAUAAGGAUCAACAUAGAGGUUUCUCCGAAUGGAAUUCGACAGCGACAAGACGGGAUCACCAAUCCAUUGUUCAGAUCUUGAUCGAAGGAUGGAAUCCUACAGCUGUCGAUGCCGAGGGAAACAGAUUGCCGACGUUAGUUUACUUAUCGCGCGAAAAGAGACCAAGAAAGCCUCACAACUUCAAGGCCGGAGCAAUGAAUGCAUUGAUAAGAGUGUCUUCCGAAAUCAGCAAUGCGCCCAUCAUACUCAACGUCGACUGCGAUAUGUACGCAAACGAUCCUGAUGCAGUCCGCGACGCAUUGUGCUUCUUCCUCGACGAGAAGCACGGGCAGAGGAUAGCAUACGUGCAACAUCCUCAAUACUAUUAUAACAUUGUCAAGAACGACGUCUACGCAAAUUUCUACUUAGCUGUUAUGGAAAUUGAGCUCUGCGGUAUCGAUGGCUUUGGCGGUCCUCUUUACAUUGGCACCGGAUGUUUCCACCGGCGGGAGAGCCUUUCAGGCAAAAAGUAUUCGGGAAGCCACAAAAUCGAAUGCCACAACGUCGAAGACACCACGAAAGGCAGAGACAUUCGAGAGCUGGAGGAAGCUUCGAAAGCAUUAGCAGCUUGUAGCUAUGAGAACAGCACACUAUGGGGGACGGAAAUGGGAUUGCUGUACGGAUGUCCAGUCGAGGACAUAGCCACGGGGUUAACGAUAAAAUGCAGGGGAUGGAGGGCGGUGUACUACACUCCGACCAAGUAUGGCUUCCUUGGCAUGGCCCCGACAUCCUUAGACGGAUGUCUCGUUCAAUACAAGAGAUGGUCCGAGGGAUUGUUUCAGAUCUUCGUGUCGAAGUACUGCCCCUUCAUCAACGGUCGCGGCAAAAUUUCGUUGGGACUGAAAAUCGCGUACUGCAACUUCCUCCUAUGGCCUCUACUGUCGUUGCCUACAUUUAGCUACGCCAUCGUUCCCGCGAUCUCUUUAAUCCGAGGCACACCCAUUUUCCCCGAGGCGUCGACCUCGUGGUUCUUCGUUUUUGCGUAUGUUUACAUUGCGAAGACGGGUUAUACCUUAUCCGAAGAAUUGAUACACGGCGGCACGUUGAGAGGAUGGUAUAACUUGCAGAGGAUGACCGUUAUAAGGCGAUCGACUGCCUUCUUGUUCGGGCUUGUGGACAACGUUAAAAGGCAUUUAGGCCUCAAGGAAACGUCGUUUGCGCUGACGAGCAAAGUGAUGGACGGCGAGACGAGGAAGAGGUACGAGGAGGGAGUGAUGGAGUUCGGGAGCGAUUCGAUCAUGUUGUCGAUUAUUACGACGUUGGCGCUGCUCAACCUUUUCGGUUUCGGAUGGGGAGUUUUUGUUCGGACAGCCUUGAUGUCGUCGCGGCCGAGGCUUGUGCCCGAGGCCGUGAUUUGCGCGGCGAUGGUGGCGCUGAACUUGCCUGUUUAUGAAGCGGUGUUCCUCCGGAGGGACGCCGGCAGCUUGCCGUCAGCCGUGAAGUUCAAGGCGGCCGUCGUGGCGUCGAUUGCAUGCGUGAUUGCAGCUUGUUAGGGCGUGUUGUCUUAAAAACAUUAAAUUCAGCAUGUGUGCUGAUGUUUAUAAAAUAUAUUUAGAUAAUUAUAUUUAUUAUAUUAUUUAACGGAGUCAAAUGAAAAAAAUUAAAUUGUGUAUUGUUAUUUUUCCAUAUAUUUUGUAAGAGUGCGCGGGCUAUGUGUAAAAUUCAGUACUGUGUUU